AUGAAACAGUACCAGUAUCUGUUGGUGUAUCUGUUGGUGAGCCUGUUGGUGUACCUGUUGGUGAGCCUGUACCUGUUGGUGUACCUGUUGGUGUAUCUGUUGGUGUACCUGUUGUUGUACCUGUUGUUGUACCUGAACCUGUUGGUGAGCCUGUACCUGUUGGUGUAUCUGUUGGUGUACCUGUUGGUGAGCCUGUACCUGUUGGUGUAUCUGUUGGUGUACCUGUUGGUGAGCCUGUACCUGUUGGUGUAUCUGUUGGUGUACCUGUUGGUGAGCCUGUACCUGUUGGUGUAUCUGUUGGUGUACCUGUUGGUGAGCCUGUACCUGUUGGUGUACCUGUUGGUGAGCCUGUACCUGUUGGUGAGCCUGUUGGUGUACCUGUUGGUGAGCCUGUUGUUGUACCUGUUGUUGUACCUGAACCUGUUGGUGAGCCUGUACCUGUUGGUGAGCCUGUUGGUGUACCUGCUGGUGAGCCUGUUGGUGUACCUGCUGGUGUACCUGUACCUGUUGGUGAGCCUGUACCUGUUGGUGAGCCUGUUGGUGUACCUGUUGGUGAGCCUGUUGGUGUACCCGCUGGUGUACCUGUACCUGUUGGUGAGCCUGUUGGUGUACCUGCUGGUGUACCUGUACCUGUUGGUGAGCCUGUUGGUGUACCUGUACCUUUUGGUGUACCUGUUGGUGAACCUGUACCUGUACCUGCUGUUGUACCUGUACCUGUUGGGGAACCUGUUGGUGAACCUGUUGGUGAGCCUGUACCUGUACCUGUUGGUGUUCCUGUUGGUGAGCCUGUUGGUGUACCUGUACCUGCUGGUGUACCUGUACCUGUUGGUGAGCCUGUUGGUGUACCUGUUGGUGAGCCUGUUGGUGUACCUGCUGGUGUACCUGUACCUGUUGGUGUACCUGUUGGUGAGCCUGUUGGUGUACCCGCUGGUGUACCUGUACCUGUUGGUGAGCCUGUUGGUGUACCUGCUGGUGUACCUGUACCUGUUGGUGAGCCUGUUGGUGAGCCUGUACCUGUACCUGUUGGUGUACCUGUUGGUGUACCUGUUGGUGUACCUGUACCUGUUGGUGUACCUGUACCUGUUGGUGUACCUGUUGGUGAGCCUGUUGGUGUACCUGUACCUGUUGGUGUACCUGUUGGUGUACCUGUACCUGUUGGUGAGCCUGUUGGUGUACCUGUACCUGUUGGUGAGCCUGUUGGUGUACCCGCUGGUGUACCUGUACCUGUUGGUGAGCCUGUUGGUGUACCUGCUGGUGUACCUGUACCUGUUGGUGAGCCUGUUGGUGUACCUGCUGGUGUACCUGUACCUGUUGGUGAGCCUGUUGGUGUACCUGUACCUGUUGGUGUACCUGUUGGUGAACCUGUACCUGUACCUGCUGUUGUACCUGUACCUGUUGGUGAGCCUGUUGGUGUACCUGUACCUGUUGGUGUACCUGUACCUGUUGGGGAACCUGUUGGUGAACCUGUUGGUGAGCCUGUACCUGUACCUGUUGGUGUUCCUGUUGGUGAGCCUGUUGGUGUACCUGUUGGUGUACCUGUACCUGUUGGUGUACCUGUACCUGUUGGUGUACCUGUUGGUGAGCCUGUUGGUGUACCUGUACCUGUUGGUGUACCUGUACCUGUUGGUGUACCUGUUGGUGUACCUGUUUUGUCUUUUUUAA